AUGAGCUACGAAGCCAUACGUAAGGCUACUGGCGCGUCGAUCAAACAGAUUCAAUAUGCCCUCACCACGCCGUUGACCCCGCGAACUGACCGUCGUGGCCGAAAGCCCUCGCAGUUCACCGACGAAGAAAAGCACCGUAUUGCUCGUGCCUUCAGUGACGACCCUAUCGCUCGCAAGCUCAAGUGGGAGGAUUUACGCUGGUAUUUGGAGGGCUUUGACCGAUUCAAAGAUCAGGCCUUCAUCACGGCGAUGAGAGAUGCCGGCUACCAACGCAAGGUCCUACCGCGGAGGAUUAAGCUCACGCCGGCUCACAUGCAGGCUCGCCUGGCCUUUGCCCGCGAGCAAUUGGCACUUCGGCCUCGCCCGGAAGACUGGGAAAAAGUGGCCUUCAGUGAUGAGACCUGGGCAACCAAUAGUCACAUGUGGAAAAGGUGGCUUACGGUACACGAAGUCGAAGAUAUUGAAGCCUGGGCCAGUAUACGGCAAAAGCCUCACGGUUGGAUGUUCUGGGCUAUAAUAUGCGGGGCGGUGAAGGCUGGGUCUUUUGUGUGGGAAAAGGAAUAUGGAGGUAUCAACAGUGAGAAGUACCAGAGGUAUAUUGUCCCAAUUGACUACCAAUUUAUUAUGGAGAAAAGGGAGCAAGGUACUCCUGUAGUCUUCCAGCACGAUAAUGCCUCCUCCCACGUAUCGAAUGCCACACGGGCUUACAUGACUGGCCUGGGAAUUGAACAGUUGACCUGGCCGGCAAAUAGCCCUGAUUUGAACCCUAUUGAAAAUGUGUGGUUUUGGAUGAAAAAUUGGAUUGAAUUGAAUUACGAUGUGGAAGCCCUGAGCAAAACGGCUCUCCGGAGGGCUAUUCUGGCCGCGUGGGAAGCAGUGCCCAGGGACUGGCUUCUUCAAUUAGCCCACAGUAUGCCUGGGAGGUUGCAAAAAAUCAUUGAUGCGGAGGGCAAGCUCAUACCAUAUUAG